CCAACUACGACCUUCAGAACUCUAUUUACAUUCCCAUCAUCGAUAAAGACUACCAGUUUUCAAGCUACUGUUAAAAUGUUAAAAACAACUGUGAUUUCUUUACUUUUGAUUGGUGUAACACGAGCUGAAACCAUUUCUUUCAAAAAUGUAACACUGGAAUGGAAAACAAGCACAGAUCGUAACACCACAACCAUUCCAUCAUCAGCCAACCUUCGAGACAACAUCCCAAAGCUUCAGACCGAGAUUUCGGUGGUUUUGAGUGGUUUAGUGCCUGUUUUAUACCCAAAAUCAGUGAGUGGUGUACCAACUUUAAAAUCACUAACAGUAUCAAACGUCGGCUUGAGAGAAAUAAAACCAGGAGCGAUUGAAAAUUUACCACUUCUGGCCCAUUUGAUUUUAAAUCGCAAUGAGCUCAAAGUUAUUGAACGAGGAACUUUCACAAACUUAAACCUGACAAGUGUGAAUUUAGGUGACAAUGAAAUUUCCAAACUCGAACUUGGGGCUUUCAAAAACCUCAAAAUUCACCAUCUCACACUCAGUAACAACAAAAUUUCUGAGAUUCGAAACGGGACUUUUGAAAACGUCUCACUCCAAAGCUUGAAUUUGUACGGAAAUGGGCUCCGAAAAAUCGACGGACCAAUCACAAACUUAACAAAUCUGGUCCUGAGCAACAACAAUUUGACCGAAAUCGAUUUGCAUUUCCCUGAUUUAAAAUAUCUCGACUUGAGUUUCAAUUCCAUUCAAGUUCUAAAGCCCGGAGACUUGAAAAAUCUUCCCGCACUGGACACGUUGGACCUCACCGCUAAUACCCUUCACCACGUCCCUGAAGGUGUCUUCAGUCAGUCGAAACUGGUAACUUUGAAACUAAAUUACAACCAAAUCGCGAAAAUCGAACCCAAGUCAUUCGACGACAUGUCUCAGCUCAGUGUUUUGCACAUCGACCACAACAACUUAACCCAAUGGGAUGACAAAUGGUUGAGUAAUUCCCCCAAGUUGGCCUACAUUUUCGCCGGUUUUAACCGAAUUGGAGCUUUGCCGGGCCAAGCCUUCCGGAAUUAUCCCCAAAUGUACAGCAUUGAUUUGCAAGGAAAUUUGAUUAAAGAAGUUUCACGGGAAAGUUUCGCGGGGUUGGAGAAAGUGGUGAAUUUUAGUUUGAGGGAUAAUUUGAUUGUGGAUUUGGACCCAGAAUGGCUGGCUAAUGCGACGGUGGGAAGUGUGGAUUUGAGUGGAAAUAAGCUGGGGUGUGUGGAGGGAAAUUUAGAGGAGGCUUUCAGAAGGGUGGACUUUGUGCAUCUGGAGGGGAAUCCCUGGCGGGAGGAUUGUGUGGAAAAGAUUAAAACAUUUCUUUCCCAGUGGCCAAAAAUAAAACGCAUUGUUAGUUCUGUGUCACAACAACCAAUUUGAUCUAAUAUUGAUUAAAAACUU